ACUACUACCUGGCGAUAAAUUGCAGGGCCUUUUGAGGAAAUCAUCUACAAUGGGAAUUGUAGCUCUUGUUCUCUCUCUGCUACUCACCAACGGAAUCGUUUUAAUCAGUGCAGCGACCAAUGAUCAGAAUUCACAACCAGCUCCUAUUAUUGAACUCUUUGCAACUGCCUCUGCAGGUGUUGUGGAGCUUGCAGAGGACCACAAGCCCAAUGGCUCUUUUCCCUUGUUCAAAACGGCAGGACGAAACCCCCGACCCCAUCCUAUGUGCUUAGUGUCAACUGGAAUCAGAGACACUUUCAAAUACAUCAAUACUGUGGUGUCUGCUCUUGUAUUCAUCGUUGGAAUAGUUGGAAAUUCAGCACUCUUGAGAAUCAUAUAUGAAAACAAAUGUAUGAGAAGUGGGCCUAACAUUCUCAUUGCCAGCCUUGCUUUGGGAGACCUGCUGCAUAUCGUGAUAGACAUUCCAAUCAACUCUUACAGGGUGAAUUACUAACAAUGUGGUGUGCAGUUACUGUCUAUCCUGACAGAAAAUAUAUAUUUUGAUUUGAUUAUCAUAAUGGUUCAAAUCUGAUUGUAUUAUUGAAGUGGGUUUUUUUUUUAGUACAAAUUGUUUUGUAAUAUAAUGUUGACAUGUUGUUUUUGCAGCUCAUGGCUGAGGACUGGCCGUUUGGUUUGGCGCUCUGUAAACUAGUCCCUUUCAUCCAGAAAACAUCUGUUGGAAUCACAGUGCUGAGUUUAUGUGCCUUGAGCAUUAACAGGUGAGAGGAUUGCACAUUCAGGUCACAUUUCUGUUAGAAGAUAAUUGGAAAUGACUGUAUUACUUCGAUUUUACAAGCCAAGACCAGAGAAUGAAUACAGUUGUUAUAAGAAAAGUAAUACGGUUAGAGUUGGCUGAUAUCUACAAUUCAACAACUACAUUUCCUUGAAGUAGGCCCUGAAAUUCUCUUUCAUUAUAAUAGGAUUUUUGUUACUAUUAUUAACAAAAUGCUCCCUAGCCACAUAAUUUCCCUGUUUAUUUUCUAGGUAUCGAGCUGUUACAUCCUGGAAUCGAAUCAAAGGCAUUGGGGUUUCAACGUCGACAGCGGUAGAAAUAACUUUGAUAUGGGUGAUAGCAACAUUCCUGGCUGUGCCUGAAGUUGUCGGCUUUGAUCUGAUAACAAUGGAGUAUCGAGGACGGCAUCUGACAAUAUGUCUUCUUCACCCCACACAGACCAAUCACUUCAUGCAGGUAAUGCCAGUCCUGACAACAUGCAGUAAUAUAGAAAACUAAAAGGUCAAUAAUGUGUUUCAUUUGGUUUUCUUUUGAUAAUAAAUGAAAAUGACAGAUUGAUUAUAUAAUGCGGCAAGGGAGGUGUGCUCAUCCUCGCAUUGCAGUAGGUAGAUAAAACCGGAAACCACAAUACUAAACACUAGAUUUUUACCAUAACAGUUUUAUAAAUCAGCAAAAGACUGGUGGCUCUUCGGCUUCUACUUCUGCACGCCGCUGGCUUGCACGGCUGUCUUCUACACUCUGAUGGCCCGGAAGAUGUUGAGGAAGAAUGAGAAUACCCUGAGGAACUAUACCAUACAGGUGAAUACAGCUCUAGGACUGGAGAGCUAUUAGAUAUGCAGGCUUCCGCUCCAGACCAGCAGUAACACACCUGAUUCUAACUAAUCAUGGUCCAGCCCAAAAAACUAUGAUUAGUUGAUUAUUUUAAGUAGAUGUGUUAGUGCUGGGGUGGAAUAAAAGCCUGCACAUCCCAGUAGCUUUCCAGGACUGGACUUGGAGUCCCACGGGGUGCAGUAUAGACAUUGUCUCUCUAGCUCAGUAAUAUCUUUAUUUUUUAUGAUGUCAUUCAAAUGUCUAAGAUAAAUCUCCUGAUCUGUUUUCACCCAGAGACGAGAAGUGGCCAAGACGGUGUUUUGCUUAGUGCUUGCGUUUGCCCUCUGUUGGUUACCGUUGUACCUGAGCAGAAUCUUAAAACUCACCAUUUAUGAUGAGAAGGAUCCUAAGAGGUGUCAGCUACUGAGGUAAGAAAGGAUACAUAAGACUGUCACAGCUGUUUUCAAAGUGUAGUGUGUGUUACUGAACUGAUCCUCUAUCAUUCCUUUCAGUGGCUUUCUUGUCCUGGACUAUAUUGGCAUUAAUAUGGCAUCGCUGAACUCCUGUAUCAACCCUAUCGCUCUGUACAUGGUCAGCAAACGAUUCAAAACCUGUUUCAAGGUUAGAUUUAAUAUAAUCUUCCUCAUUGUUUGUUAUGUUAGUUCUUACACACGAGACCGAGGAAGAGGGAGGUAAUGGAUGAAGUCUGACAAUGUGAUGCAUGCUGUAUGAACUGUAUGUCAUUUCUGACUCAUUGACUUUAGACAGCUAAACUUGUGAGGGCAAUGACUUGAGGAGGUGAUGGUUAACAAAUGCAGUCCUGGAAAACAGUGACCCGAGCUGAACUAGACACCAGACAGGCCAUUGCUGAGUCAGCAACACUGGGGUCCUCUGUAGCUCAGCUGGUAGAGCACGGCGCUUGUAACGCCAGGGUAGUGGGUUCGAUCCCCGGGACCACCCAUACGUAAAAAUGUAUGCACACAUGACUGUAAGUCGCUUUGGAUAAAAGUGUCUGCUAAAUGGCAUAUUAUUAUCAUAGCAAAGGUUUAAUCUAAGGGCAUUCACAGUGCUGCUAGUUUGCAUUUUAAUCUAAGGGCAUUCACAGUGCUGCUAGUUUGCAUUUUAAUAUAAGGGCAUUCACAGUGCUGCUAGUUUGCAUUUUAAUCUAAGGGCAUUCACAGUGCUGCUAGUUUGCAUUUUAAUCUAAGGGCAUUCACAGUGCUGCUAGUUUGCAUUUUAAUCUAAGGGCAUUCACAGUGCUGCUAGUUUGCAUUUUAAUCUAAGGGCAUUCACAGUGCUGCUAGUUUGCAUUUUAAUCUAAGGGCAUUCACAGUGCUGCUAGAUUGCAUUUUAAUCUAAGGGCAUUCACAAUGCUGCUAGUUUGCAUUUUAAUCUAAGGGCAUUCAGAGUUCUGCUAGUUUGCAUUUUAAUCUAAGGGCAUUCACAGUGCUGCUAGUUUGCAUUUUAAUCUAAGAGCAUUCACAGUGCUGCUAGUUUGCAUUUUAAUCUAAGGGCAUUCACAGUUCUGCUAGUUUGCAUUUUAAUCUAAGGGAAUUCACAGUGCUGCUAGUUUGCAUUUUAAUCUAAGGGCAUUCACAGUGCUGCUAGUUUGCAUUUUAAUCUAAGGGCAUUCACAGUGCUGCUAGAUUGCAUUUUAAUCUAAGGGCAUUCACAAUGCUGCUAGUUUGCAUUUUAAUCUAAGGGCAUUCAGAGUUCUGCUAGUUUGCAUUUUAAUCUAAGGGCAUUCACAGUGCUGCUAGUUUGCAUUUUAAUCUAAGAGCAUUCACAGUGCUGCUAGUUUGCAUUUUAAUCUAAGGGCAUUCACAGUUCUGCUAGUUUGCAUUUUAAUCUAAGGGAAUUCACAGUGCUGCUAGUUUGCAUUUUAAUCUAAGAGCAUUUACGGUGCUAGAAUGCAAAGUAAAACCUGGAAAUCUGAGCAUAUUGAUAGUAAUCUUGGCAGCCCAGAACCAAAAUCUCUGGCUAGCUAUGUUAUGUCUGUCCACAACAUAUUACGUUUGGUGGUUGACUGUUAGUUGACUGUUGGUUGAAUGUUGGUUGGCUGGUAGUUGACUGGUGGUUGACUUUUGGGUGAUUGUAUUUGAAAAUGAGGUGUUGUCCUUUGGACUUCUCUAACUCAUUGUCUUUUCGUCUAUGUCCCUUAGAAAUGCAUAUGUUGUUGGUGCAUACCUCCUGAAGUAUUGACGCUUGAAGAGGUGCCGUCUAUCAUGAAGUCAAAGGUUCAGGACCAAGCCUCUGAGCACAGCAACACUAGAGCUAAUAAACCCACCCCCACU